AGCAGCACCGGCAGGCAGAAGGCGCGGCGAGGAGAGAGGACCAUGGCGGGGGCGACCACCAUCGAGGCGGUGAAGCGCAAGAUCCAGGUGCUGCAGCAGCACGCCGAUGAGGCCGACGAGAGAGCCGAGAGGCUGCAGAGGGAGGCCGAGGCCGAGCGCCGCGCCCGGGAACAGGCUGAGGCGGAAGUAGCAUCCCUGAACCGCCGCAUCCAACUAGUAGAGGAGGAGCUGGACCGGGCCCAGGAGCGCCUUGCUACAGCCUUGCAGAAGUUGGAGGAAGCUGAAAAAGCUGCUGAUGAGAGUGAAAGGGGCAUGAAGGUUAUUGAGAACAGAGCCCUGAAGGAUGAAGAGAAGAUGGAACUGCAGGAGAUCCAGCUCAAGGAGGCUAAACACAUUGCUGAAGAGGCUGACCGGAAAUAUGAGGAGGUUGCCCGGAAACUGGUCAUCAUAGAAGGAGAUUUGGAGCGUACGGAGGAGAGGGCUGAGCUGGCAGAAUCCAAAUGCUCAGAGCUGGAAGAAGAAUUGAAGAAUGUCACCAACAAUCUCAAGUCACUUGAGGCUCAGGCUGAGAAGUACUCUCAAAAAGAGGACAAAUAUGAAGAGGAGAUCAAGAUCUUGACUGAUAAACUCAAGGAGGCUGAGACUCGUGCUGAGUUUGCAGAGAGAUCAGUAGCCAAGCUGGAGAAGACCAUUGAUGACUUGGAAGAUAAACUGAAAUGCACCAAAGAGGAGCAUCUCUGCACGCAACGGAUGUUGGACCAGACCCUGCUCGACCUGAACGACAUGUAAAAGGCCCUCCCUGCAGCCAGCCUCGCUUUGAUUCCCCCACUGCCUUUCUAGCCCCCUAAGCAGCUGCUUUCUGCUGGGGCCACCUCUGUCUUAAAAGCAAAAAAGAAAACAAAUAGAAAAAAAAAGAAAGAAAAGGAGAAGUAAGUUGGCUUUUAACCCUUGAAAAGGGAGGAGAAGGGUAGACGUUUUAACAUUCCAACUUCCGUUGCCAACUGAACCAAACGUCUCUGCCAAUUCUGUCCUUCUGCCUCCACCCUUGCAAGGAUUACAGGCCAUCGCUGGGCUGAGUUCACCCGCAGAGCCAUUAAUGGAAAAACCCACAUGCAAGGCAAUACUGGUUUGGGGAGGGUGCAUCUGAGAUGUACACUUCUUUGUAGUAAUGGUGGGAUAGGGUCUUCUUCUUUUUGCCCCCUCCUUUUUUCCCCCCCUUUCUGAAACUGGCCCUUGGGGGACAUCACAUGUAACACCAGUGCUUGCAAGAUGUUGGCUUUUAAGGUUUGCGAUCAACCCGGCUCUCCUCCCCGAUGCACUCUUCUAUUGCUUGCCAGGUUUUCCAGGGAGGGAAGACCGUUCCAUGCACAUCUAUGGAGCAGUCCCAAGCAUCUUGGCCAGAGCCAGCUGAACAAAAUCCAAUGUGGGAUCUGCUCGGGAGAACUCACCUCAGCACAAAACAAGUCCCUCUUGAGCUCUUUGGGGUCUCAAAGAUGUGGCUUCCAGGAAGAGGGAGAAGUGAGGUUUUGUUUAUUUGCCAAAUAAAAAGAAAGAAAGAGAGGGGGGGAAAGGUGCAGUCUUAACACACAAACACACAUUUUGUGGUUUUUAAAGCUGUAUUUCUAUAGGGGUACACGACUGUGUCAAAAUUAUAUAUCAGGUUUUUAAAGUGAUCAUAUUUUUCCUCUCUAAACACACUUAACUGUUCUCCUUUGCACACCUUUACUUUUUCUCAUUGUAAAUUUUCACGCCUCCUUACUAAGAAACCGGCAGCUCCCCAGUCUGUCCCCCAUGAUAACCAUAAAUCUCUUUUCCCCCAGCCAAGCUUAAGCUUGCUGUGUGUUUGGUAAAGCUAUCAUAGCUUUGGUGUAUGAGCAGUUUUGUGAGGAGAGGGCUGGUUUUCUUUUUCCGGUGUGCUCUUCCUGAUGCCAGGAGGUACCUUGCCCUCAUUCUCGCCAGCAGCCCUGUCCUAUUGUCUUAAAAACAGAAAACUGGACAUCAGCUGCCAUGUUGCUUUCUGGUGUUCUGCUUCUCUUGUGUUUCUGUCAACCCACCUGGGCCUUGAGGAAGUGUGUACACCACAAAGGCUUUUAGGGGCCAGUGUGGAGAAAUGAGGAAACCAUAUCAAUUGUUUUGAUACUAAAAAAAAAGAAAGAAAAACCCUUUUGUCUUUUAUGGUCUUUUUUGGAAAUAAUAAACGGAAGCAUUCCCUCCAUUA